AUGGCGUACCUGGGAAAGCUGUAUAAACAUGACAAGGAUGAGAACUUUGAAGCUUUCCUCAAAAGCAUGGAUGUUCCUGCCGACGUAAUUGCAGCCUUAACGAGCUCCAAGCCUGAACAAAAACUAGAGAAGAACGGCGAUUCAUACACUUUGACCACUAUUAUGCCUGAUCAGAUUAAAGUUCUCAACUUUAAGGAUGGAGUAGAAUUUGAUGAAGAAGUUACAGGUGGAGGAGUUGCGAAAACCACAUUUACUUUUGACGGCAACACUCUCACCCAAGUUCAGAAGCACACUGAUGGUAACGUUAUAACAAGAAAGAGGGAGUACUUCGACGAUAAGCUUAUUUUGACGCUGACAACCACAAAAUGGGACGGCAGUGCGCGUAGAUACUAUAAAGUUUAA